AUGCUAUAUUUGGCCCCAACCGUCAAACGGUCAGUAACCCUUCCACGCUCUCGAGAACGAACCGGGUGUAGGGCCCUGGUCGGUUGGAAACGCACGUAA